CCAAGAGAUGGAUGCAAACAGAAUUGCCUUGUCCAAAUUUCUGGCUUAUCUGAAAAAAAGGAGUUAGUAAAAAAUAAUAUAGAAUAUUUGCCCUUAAAUACACUCUCUGACAAGUUCUUAAAAGAUAUAUUAGCGGAUAAAAAAGUUAUAGAUUGGGAACUCGGAUAUGCAAUGACUAUUCAUACUAGUCAAGGAAUGACUCUUAAAUCACCACAAUGUGUUUGGGUCAUUGAUGAAAAUCUAGCCUGGGAUAAUCUAAUAUAUUUGGCAGUUGGUCGUAUAAAAUAUUUAAGCCAACUCAUUCAGGUUGAAGCACCUCCAUUACCCUCUGAAAUUGCCCAAAAGAUUGAGGAGGAAAAAAAAAAAAAAUGGCUAGAACAUGAAUUGAGGCUGUCUAUUCAGAAAAAACUUAUCGGAUAUAUGGGCCAGGAUAAAGAAAAAGGCUGUGAAUUUGAUCUAACAGUCGACUAUAUCCUUAUAUUAAAAC